AACUGACACAAAGUAGCGGGCCGAGGCCCUGGGGGGAGAGGGGCUGCAGCUGGGGGGGCGGGAGCCCGCGGGGAGCUGAGCCGAGCGCCCCCCGCCCCAGCCCCCGGCAUGGGCAGGACGUGGCCGCCGGGGCGGGCGCCGAGCGCUGAGCGCUGAGGGUCUCCCAUGGGAUUGCUGGGACCUUGCUGGGUGAGAUGGCACUGUGUGCAAAAAAGCGCCCCCCAGCUCCGGUGCCUCCGUGGGGGGCCGCCCCAUCGGAGCCGCUGAGGCCGAGGACAGACCGACAGACAGCCCGCCCUUCCCCCGCUCAAACUGGGAUCAUGACGGUCCCCAAGGAGAUGCCCGAGAAGUGGGCCCGGGCCGGGGCUCCCCCCUCCUGGAGCCGAAAGAAGCCCUCUUGGGGGACAGAAGAAGAAAGGAGGGCGCGGGCCAAUGACCGAGAAUACAAUGAGAGAUUCCAGUAUGCGAGUAACUGCAUCAAGACCUCCAAGUACAAUAUUCUCACCUUCCUGCCUGUCAACCUCUUUGAGCAGUUCCAGGAAGUUGCCAAUACCUACUUCCUGUUCCUUCUCAUUCUGCAGUUGAUCCCACAGAUCUCCUCCCUCUCCUGGUUCACCACCAUUGUGCCUUUGGUUCUUGUCCUCACAAUCACAGCUGUUAAAGACGCCACUGAUGACUAUUUCCGCCACAAGAGUGAUAACCAGGUGAAUAACCGUCAGUCUCAGGUGCUGAUCAAUGGAAUCCUCCAGCAAGAGCAGUGGAUGAAUGUCUGUGUUGGUGAUAUUAUCAAGCUAGAAAAUAACCAGUUUGUGGCGGCGGAUCUCCUCCUCCUUUCCAGCAGUGAGCCCCAUGGGCUGUGUUACAUAGAGACAGCAGAACUCGAUGGAGAGACCAACAUGAAAGUACGGCAGGCGAUUCCAGUCACCUCGGAAUUGGGAGACAUCAGUAAGCUUGCCAAGUUUGAUGGUGAAGUGAUCUGCGAACCUCCCAACAAUAAGCUGGACAAAUUCAGCGGAACCCUCUACUGGAAGGAGAACAAGUUCCCCCUGAGCAACCAGAACAUGCUGCUGCGGGGCUGCGUGCUGCGAAACACCGAAUGGUGCUUCGGGCUGGUCAUCUUCGCAGGUCCUGACACUAAGUUGAUGCAGAACAGCGGCAGGACAAAAUUCAAGAGAACAAGUAUUGAUCGCCUAAUGAAUACACUGGUGCUCUGGAUUUUUGGAUUUCUGGUCUGCAUGGGGGUGAUCCUAGCCAUUGGCAAUGCCAUCUGGGAGCACGAGGUUGGGACACGCUUCCAGGUAUACCUGCCCUGGGAUGAGGCGGUGGACAGUGCCUUCUUCUCUGGCUUCCUCUCCUUCUGGUCCUACAUCAUCAUCCUCAACACCGUCGUGCCCAUAUCGCUCUAUGUCAGCGUGGAGGUCAUCCGCCUGGGCCACAGCUACUUCAUCAACUGGGACAAGAAGAUGUUCUGCAUGAAGAAGCGGACGCCCGCGGAGGCCCGCACCACCACCCUGAACGAGGAGCUGGGCCAGGUGGAGUACAUCUUCUCCGACAAGACAGGCACCCUCACCCAGAACAUCAUGGUCUUCAACAAGUGCUCCAUCAACGGCCGCAGCUACGGUGACGUGUUCGAUGUCCUGGGCCACAAAGCUGAAUUGGGAGAGAGGCCUGAACCCGUCAACUUCUCCUUCAAUCCUCUGGCUGACAAGAAGUUCUUAUUUUGGGACCCUACCCUCUUGGAGGCUGUCAAAAUGGGGGACCCACACACGCACGAGUUCUUCCGCCUCCUUUCCCUGUGUCACACCGUCAUGUCAGAAGAAAAGAACGAAGGGGAGCUGUACUACAAAGCCCAGUCGCCAGACGAGGGGGCUCUGGUCACCGCAGCCAGGAACUUUGGUUUCGUAUUCCGCUCUCGUACACCCAAGACCAUCACUGUCCACGAGAUGGGCACAGCCAUCACCUACCAGCUGCUGGCCAUCCUGGACUUUAACAACAUCCGCAAACGGAUGUCAGUCAUAGUGCGGAAUCCAGAGGGGAAGAUCCGACUGUACUGCAAAGGGGCUGACACCAUCUUGCUGGACAGACUCCACCACUCCACCCAAGAGCUCCUCAACACCACCACUGACCACCUGAAUGAGUACGCAGGCGAAGGGCUGAGGACCCUGGUCCUGGCCUACAAGGAUCUGGAUGAAGAGUACUACGAGGAGUGGGCCGAGAGACGGCUCCAGGCCAGCCUGGCCCAGGACAGCCGGGAGGACCGGCUGGCCAGCGUCUACGAGGAGGUUGAGAGCGACAUGAUGCUGCUGGGCGCCACGGCCAUUGAGGAUAAGCUUCAGCAAGGGGUUCCAGAGACCAUCGCCCUCCUGACGCUGGCCAACAUCAAGAUCUGGGUGCUGACAGGGGACAAGCAAGAGACGGCCGUGAACAUUGGCUAUUCCUGCAAGAUGCUGACAGACGACAUGACGGAGGUGUUCAUCGUCACUGGCCACACAGUCCUGGAAGUGCGGGAGGAGCUCAGGAAAGCCCGGGAGAAGAUGAUGGACUCGUCCCGCACUGUAGGCAACGGCUUCACCUACCAGGAGAAGCUUUCUUCUUCCAAGCUCACUUCUGUCCUGGAAGCCGUGGCUGGGGAGUACGCCCUGGUCAUCAACGGGCACAGCCUGGCCCAUGCGUUAGAGGCAGACAUGGAGCUGGAGUUUCUGGAGACAGCCUGUGCCUGCAAAGCUGUCAUCUGCUGCCGGGUGACCCCCUUGCAGAAGGCACAAGUGGUGGAACUGGUUAAGAAGUACAAGAAGGCUGUGACCCUUGCCAUCGGGGAUGGAGCCAACGAUGUCAGCAUGAUCAAAACGGCUCACAUUGGUGUGGGCAUCAGUGGGCAGGAAGGGAUCCAGGCUGUCCUGGCCUCCGAUUACUCCUUCUCCCAGUUCAAGUUCCUGCAACGCCUCCUGCUGGUGCAUGGGCGCUGGUCCUACCUGCGCAUGUGCAAGUUCCUCUGCUAUUUCUUUUACAAGAACUUCGCUUUCACCAUGGUCCACUUCUGGUUUGGCUUCUUCUGCGGCUUCUCGGCCCAGACCGUCUAUGACCAGUAUUUCAUCACCCUUUAUAACAUCGUGUAUACCUCCCUCCCAGUCCUGGCUAUGGGGGUCUUCGAUCAGGAUGUCCCGGAGCAGCGGAGCAUGGAGUACCCUAAGCUGUACGAGCCAGGCCAGCUGAACCUCCUCUUCAACAAGCGGGAAUUUUUCAUCUGCAUCGCCCAGGGCAUCUACACAUCUGUGCUCAUGUUCUUCAUCCCCUAUGGGGCGUUUGCUGAGGCCACCCGCGAUGAUGGCACCCAGCUGGCUGACUACCAGUCCUUUGCGGUCACCGUGGCCACUUCGCUGGUCAUCGUGGUCAGUGUGCAGAUUGGGCUGGAUACCGGCUACUGGACGGCCAUCAACCACUUCUUCAUCUGGGGCAGCCUGGCGGUUUACUUUGCUAUCCUCUUUGCCAUGCACAGCAAUGGGCUCUUCGACAUGUUUCCAAACCAAUUCCGGUUUGUGGGUAAUGCCCAGAACACCCUGGCCCAGCCCACCGUGUGGCUGACCAUCGUGCUCACCACAGUCGUCUGCAUCAUGCCUGUGGUCGCCUUUCGGUUCCUCAGGCUGAACCUGAAGCCGGAUCUCUCAGACACGGUCCGCUACACCCAGCUGGUGAGGAAGAAGCAGAAGGCCCAGCACCGCUGCAUGAGGCGGGUGGGUCGCACGGGUUCCCGGCGCUCCGGCUACGCCUUCUCCCACCAGGAGGGCUUCGGGGAGCUCAUCAUGUCUGGCAAAAACAUGCGGCUCAGCUCCCUGGCGCUCUCUGGCUUCACCACCCGCUCCAGCUCCAGCUGGAUUGAGAGCCUGCGCAGGAAGAAGAGUGACAGCGCCAGCAGCCCCAGCGGAGGGGCCGACAAGCCCCUCAAGGGGUGACGGCUGGGACGGGGACGCCCCUUGCCGGUGAUCAGCUCACGCAGGGCUGGCCGGCCACCAAGAGGACAGCAUCUCGGAACUGCGGGUCCUCAUUCCUUGCCCAGGUCCUCAUCCCAUCUCCCCUGGUAGACUCUGUCCUGCUGGUCCCACUAGGAGUGGCUGGGGCAUCCCCAGCCCAGGGCCCUCCUAGCAGUUGGGAGGGUGGAGGGGGCCGGCCCCAAGGGCAGAGCGGGGGCUGACCAGCCCCAGUGGGGGAUCAGAUGUGGAACCAAAAACAGAAGAAAAAACUGUGAGAGAUUGUGUCUGCCCCUGCCCUGCCUGGGAGCCCACAGGGAGACUGUAAUCUCUGUAUUUUUUUACUCCCACUCCCCAGAGGGGCCCCAGAGCCCCUGUUCCUGAAUUACACAAGAAUGUAUCAUGCCGGGAAGCCAGAGACCUGCUGGGGCCCUCGGCCCCUCACAGUGUGUGUGUCUCUCCUUGAUGUGUGUUUGUGUCCAGUUUGGUUUUGUCUUUUUUAUUUGGCAAGUGGAGGAGGCCUUUAUAUGACUUUUAUGUUGUGAUUGGUGUCUUAACUCUCCUGGGGAAGAGGAGGCUGGAUAGAUGUGGAGUGGUUGGGGAGGGGCUGGUGCCCACGAGGGACAGAGAGGCUGACCAGGGAGGGAGGUGCCUGUCAGCCACAGGGUGCGGGGAGAGUAUACAGGGGUCUGCUCCUGUCUCUUUCCUCACCUUGAGAGUGAAGUGCUACCCCUCCUCAGCACACGCAACUCCUGGAUUCCGUAAGUCCUGCUGGUAUUGGGCUGGAGCCUAGGAAAGUGGCCCUGUCCUUCUCAGUGACCUAAAGCUGGGUGUGAAAUGUAGUCCUAAGAACAUUUUCUUUCAUUUUAAAUUUAGACCCAAGUUCACUGGCAGAGUCUGUUCUGACUUUCCUUCUCCCUCCUCGUUGGUGUUUUCCUGCGCCUGAGGUGGCCCAAAAGGGGAAGCUGAGCACCAUGAGAUGAGGCUAAAGGGGAGCUGACCUCUACUUCUCCCUCUGGUAAAAGAGGUCCCACCCGCUCCAGGCCCAGCACGCGGCAGGAUCUGGUGGGGUCCCUGUACUGAGUGGUGGGGAAAAGCAGAGGAGGCGGCUGCCCCGUGCCUGGCUUGGUCUGGACAGCAGAGCUUCGGCUUGCCUGUCCUUCCUCUCCAUCAUCUACACCUAGGAAGCACUUCCCCAAAUUACGUGUCUCCCAAGUUAGUUGCUACCAAACCAGUCUUGGGCAGAACUUUUUCCUUGUCUUUGGUAGUGGAGAGGGUUACUCAGGAAUGGUGUGGAGCUGGGAGUGGGCUAUGUGGGAGUCCCAAGGGAACUGGAGGUGGGCUGCGUUGAGGCAGGGUGGGGUGGGCAGGGGAUGGGGGCGGGGAAAGCUUGACAGGGAAAUUCUUUAGGCCACAUGGUUUACAAACCCAACAUCAUGUCUGUUUGUGUGUCUCUCAAGGUGAGAGUCUGAUUUUUAUACCAAAGAGGAAAUGAUUUUUUUUCAUAUUUUGUUUGUCUAUAUUAUAUAAAUAUAAAUAUAUAAAUAUAUAUAUAUAUAUAAAUAUAUAUAUAUAUAUAUACAGUUAUAUAUAUAUUAUUUUUUUGGUUCUCUCUCGUUUUUUAGGGAGGGAGGAAAGUACCAAGUUGCAAUGAGCUGUAAUUAAGGAACAUUCUGUAUAACUUAUGACACAUUUCUAUACUUGCAAAAAUUAUAUCAUUUUAUGGAUAUAAGAGAAAAAUGCCUUUUUAUAAAAUUCCAGUUUCUGAGAA